AUGAGAUGUGCCGAGAGUAUCGUUGCCAGCACCACAAACACACCUGCAAUUGCAAAGAACGCCCAAACCAACGGCACAGAGGGAAAGAAUAAAAGAUUAAUUAAUAUUUCUCCGGUUGGUGUCGGUGUUGGAUUUGGCUCGUUGCUUAAACUAUUACUAUAA